CAUGAUUUGUGGUGAUGCCUCGUUACACUUGUUCAGUGUUCAGCAUGCGUCCACACACGUAAGCAAUGUCUCCAAACUCACCGUGCACCUGCCUUUGUUGUUGUUGUUGCUGUUGUCGUCGUCGUCAGGCCGCAAGUGUGAGAAGCGGCUGCUCGCGUGGAUGAAAGGAAUUGUGCAGGAUUUACGCAAUCAUGAGGCAGCGUGGCCCUUCAAGGAGCCCGUCAACCCAGACAUUGCACCUGAUUAUUAUCAAGUGGUGGAGGAGCCCAUGGACCUGAAAACACUUGGACGAAACGUCAACGACAACAAGUACAUUCGCUUGGAGGAGUUUGUUGCAGACUGCACAAAGAUCUUUGACAACUGCCGCUUCUACAACGAGGAGGACACGCUGUAUUACAGCGAGGCGAAUCGACUGCAAGAGUACUUUGAACGCCGCAUGAGCGAGGCCCGCGCACAUGUGCGGUGAUGGCGUUGCCUGCACGCAUCCGCCACAUGCGCGCACUCAAACGUGUUGUGUGUGAUCGGUUGCCUGCUGCUGAUAGACGUUCGUAGUUGACGUAUCUUCGUGCUUCUUCCACCCCUCCCUUGUCCCCAUUUCUUUCACAUACACACAGGCAGGUGUACAUGAACGAUAAGCGAGUUGUUUUCCACGCCUUGCGCGUGUGCAUAUAUCUGUGUUUGCUCGGUUGUGCUGAUGGGGUUGUAGCCCCAAAGUUUACUCUCGUUGUUUGUAGAUUACAGCCAAACACGCCACCGCAAAACACACACGCACAGAAAACCACACAAACGCACGCUUCACAAUGCGCACAAGACAUGACACGAGAGGAGGGGCGACAGCUGUA